CCAUAAAGAAAGAGCAGAUGUUGUUUCUUACCGAACGUUUUUAGAUGUAACAACGUUUCACAGGAGCGUGGAGGUCAACAACGUUGUCAGGAAUUUCGUAAUUUAGUUAAAUGAUUGAAAUAGAUGUAUAAACCUAGCUACAUUGUGAGAUCGGUGCUGACCAAUUUAGUCAAAAGAAUAUGCUUCUGUUUUGUCCAACAUGUGGGAAUGUGUUGAUUGUAGAGGAAGGACAGAAGUGCUAUCGAUUCGCCUGCAACACAUGUCCGUACGUACAUAACAUUACUAGGAAGGUAAACAACAGGAAGUAUCCCAAACUGAAAGAGGUUGAUGAUGUGCUUGGUGGAGCUGCAGCCUGGGAAAAUGUGGAUUCCACGCCAGAAAAAUGUCCCAAGUGUGAGCACCCCCGAGCAUUCUUCAUGCAGAUUCAGACAAGAUCUGCAGAUGAACCAAUGACAACGUUCUACAAAUGCUGCAAUUAUGAGUGUGGACAUCGCUGGAGAGACUAAACUGGUGUUCAGUUGGAUCUCUACUUGAGAACACUAGUUGAGUCAGCUAACCAGGUUUUAUAGGGUAUGUGCUGUAGCCAAAUCUUCUGUUGUCAUGCCAGACAGCUUUGUCAUAACAGUGAAUAAACAGAUAGGAGUUUGCUAAUAGCACAAACAGACUGGACCACAUGGCUUCUAGUUUCCCCAAGCGUGUUGGGGAAACAUUAGCAAGAGUUGAUGUAAUAUACACUUCUACCAAAUGUGCUUCAUACACAAGAGUAUGUCCUUACUUUAUUUAGCAUUGUGAUUAGUUAACUUCUCUGUGUUGUGUUUCCAAUUACAUUCAGAAGUCACUUCCAAUUUAUAGCUGAAGAUACAUAAUUUAUGUUUGAGUAGUUGCCAAAUGGCCAGAAUCCAUUGUUGGAGUCAUUAUUUUAUUUCUCCUAGAUGUUUUACAUACUAUAAAAAUGACUGUUUUUGGAUUAAAAGAGUAUGACCAGCUGAUAAAUUACUAAUAACAUAAAAUCACAAA